GUCCGAACACUCAAUUGCUUUCGUGCUUUUUGUCUCUCUCGGUAACCAUAGUUUUACUGCGACUUUGUUGUAAGUGAAGUGAGGUUCGCCGAAGACGCUAAAACAGCAGAUACAGAGAUGACGUCAGAAGUGAUCUCCGUGACGACCACCGCCUCGCGGUUCGCAUUGCUGCAGAUGGACUCAGACUCGGAUUCGGACUCGGAACCGGGAAAGACCAAGAGCGGCCGGCAGGGGGGGGCGCGGGCCGGCAAAACUGCAGCAGGUAAAACAAACACAAACAAUGACAAGCGGAAGGAGAAAAGGAAGAAGAGGAAAGAACAGCAACAGAGUGAGGCAAACCAGUUGAGAAGUUUGGCCUUUAAGAAGCUCCCCCAGAAGUCCAGCGCCCCACAAACCGCAACGGUUCCCCUACCUUCGGCUGGUGAUCGCCCACUCCCACAGGAGGGCUGGCAGCAAUGGAAACAGAGAGACGAACAGUUAACAAGUGAGCUGUAUGAAGCAGAUCUGGAGAAAGCCUUAAUGCUGAGCAAACUGGACUAUGAGGAACACAAGCAGGAUUAUGAAAGUGUGGACACUACGACCGCUGCAGCCAAAGGAGGCAAGAAGGACAAACGAAAGAACCAGCAGGGCAAAGAACGACAGCGGGUCACAGUGUCUCUCAAAGACUUCCACACAGAGAGCAAUAUUGACCAGCUGAACAAGAAACCGGAAAGAGAGGAGCCCAAAAUUGUCAGUCCAGCCGUCCAUGACGACAGGUUUUUUAACAAGCUGGAGGAUGAUGUCAGCAAGAUUGUCCUGCGGGAGAAACGGCGGGAACAGUUCAGCAACAGCAGCGGUCUGGAAGUGACCACAUCUACAGAGCAUGAACCGGACGUGAGGGCGGAGCAGUUGAAGUACGAGGUGGAGAAGAAGGACUUGGAGAUAGAGAGGCUGAAGACUGUGAUCACGCAGUGGGAGAGUAAAUAUAAGGAAGUAAAAGCGAGAAACGCGCUGCUGUUGAAGAUUCUGCAGCAGGGAGAGAUGAAAGACAAGGCUGAGAUUCUGCUACAAGUGGAAGAGCUUCUGAACAUUAAAGAAGAGCUUUCCUCACAGGUGACUCAGUUGCACGCAUCCCUUGAACAAGAGAAGUCAAAGGUGAAAGGCCUCCAGUCAGACCAGCCCAAACACCAUCAGGGGAAUAAGAAGGGCAAGAAAGCUCUGGAGGCGGAUCUAUGAGAAGAGAGCCGGACCGGUCCCCCCCCCCCCCCCACACACACACACACACUCCUCCACACGCCUGCUGUCUUGCUGCAGAUACCGAUUGGUGCUCUGAGGGCUGAUCUAAUUCGAGGGGAGGGGUUUAUGGGCAAGGGGUGUGUCCUGCCGGGGGCAGUGUCGAGCCACUGUUUCUGACUCACAUACCUUCAUCAAUAAAGUUUUCCAGUUCA